AUGUCGCUCCAAUCGCAGAGUCCCACGCCCAAGCAAUUGGAUGCAUCUAAGAUUUCUCUGGUCAGAUCCUCAAAUGAGCGUCCGAUCCCCCAACAUGGCUCCAAAGAGUUAUGGGCGCAAAACAUGUGCUCCGACCACAUCGCACCCUUGAUCCGGCCCUUUGGCAACCUGUCCAUCUCGCCGGCUGCAUCUUGUCUCAACUAUGCCACACAAUGCUUCGAGGGCAUGAAAGUCUAUCGUGGCUUUAAUGGCAAGCUGAGGCUCUUCAGGCCAGACUGUAACGCCAAGAGGUUGGUUUCCAGUGCCCAGCGCGCAGCUUUGCCGUCGUUCGAUGAGGGUGCGCUGAUGUGUAACACAGGAUGGCUUCCCAAAGAAGCCGCCGGUCGAUUCCUAUACAUUCGGCCUUCCCUAGUCGGAACCGACGAGCAAAUCGAGGCAACACUCUACAUCAUCAUGUUCCCCUGGCCAGACUUCUCCACCGAGACUCCUCCGGGCAUCAUUCGUUCGAGGCUCGGUCCGCGACUUUGUGUUUCCGCCGGGGACACCAUCCGAGCCUGGCCGGGAGGAUUUGGGUAUGCCAAAGUCGGAGCCAACUACGGCACGACCUUUCGAGCCCAUGGACAAGCUCUCAGCUUGGGCUUUGACCAAAUUCUAUGGAUUUUUGGACCCGAUUGUCUGAUCACGGAAGCCGGGGCCAGCAACUUCUUUGCCGUUAUUAGGAACGCGGCGACGAACCGGACAGAGCUCCUCAAAGCGCCGCUUACGGAGAACUUGAUAUUGGAUGGAGUCACUAAGCGGUCUGUUUUGGAGUUGUUUCGGUCAAGGUUGUCUGAUGAGUUAGGGAUUGUAGAGAGGAACUUUACGAUGCAUGAGCUGAUAGAGGACGGCCGGCUCCUCGAGACGUUCGUGUCUGGGACUGUUUUCUUCAUUACGGCGGUCUUUUUGAUUCAUUUCCUAGGCCGUGAUCUCCUGAUGCCUGAUGUUGACGAGCAAAACACGAAAUGUUAUGCCUCUGCUAUCAAGGGAUGGCUUAGGGGGAUACAAUACGGCGAGGAGGAUCAUGAAUGGCGAGUAGUCAUUGAUGAGGGUUUGGAGAAUGCAUCUCAGUAG